AUGUCGCUGAAUUCGAGUCUUUACCAUUACGUCCAUGAAAAUGGCCGAACUUACCAUCGAUAUAAAGAAGGCAGAUAUUUCCUACCAAAUGAUGCCGCAGAACAAGAGCGGUUAGAUCUACAACACCAAUUGUUUAUAUUGACUAUUGGAAAUAAACUUCAUUUAGCUCCAAUACCGGAAAACCCUCGGCGGGUCUUGGAUAUUGCGACAGGGACGGGUAUAUGGGCUAUAGAAUUUGCCUUCCAACAUCCUGAAUCUUACGUGGUCGGGACGGAUCUCAGUCCGAUCCAACCUGAAUUCUUACCGGAAAACUGCCAAUUCGAGAUCGACGACGCGGAGGACGAAUGGACAUUCGGCGAGAAGUUCAGCUACAUCCACGGGCGGGCGCUGAUGAGCUGCUUCGACGACCCGGCGGCGGUGGUGAAGCAGGGGUUCGAGCACCUGGAGCCGGGCGGGUUUAUGGAGUUCCAGGACGGCCUGUUCCCGAUGAACUACGUGGGGGAGCCGCCGACGGAGUCGGCGCUGUACCGGUGGAACCAGAUGAUGCUCGAGGGCGUGUCGCGGCUCGGGCGCUCGUGGAGCAACGCCAAGAACUACCGCCGGUACUUCGAGGAGGCCGGGUUCCAGGACGUCGUCGAGAAGCGGUUUUACUGGCCGACGAGCCCCUGGGCCAAGGGCGCGUACUACAAGACCGUCGCCACGUAUUUCCAGGAGGACUUGCUUUCCGGCCUCGAGGGCAUCAGUCUCAGGGUGUUGGGCGUGCUGGGCAUGUCGCCCGAGCAGGUCCGGGAAUUCGUCGAGGAUGUGAAGAAGGAUCUUAGGAGUACGAAUAUUCAUGCGUAUAUAACCGUGUAA